CGUUCAGUCAGGUAGUAAUUGUUUCAACAGUAAAUAAUCAAAUUGAUGACGAAUACUGAAUUGAAAAUAAUCUUAUUGAGAAUUUUCUUGACACCCCUUAACGAAAUUUGUGAAUCUAAAUAAAGGUAAUUAUCUGGUCACACAUAAAUUCACAAUCUAUUAUCAUUCAUCUAAAGAAUGAUAAUAAUAAGCCGAAUUUUAUAUGAAAGAAGUUUCAUUUAAAAAUAUGCGACUGGUACCACAGAUAAGCACAAUAAUACGGUCAGUAUAUAUCUGUUAUUAUUUAAUCAAUCUGAUUGGUUAGAUAUUACAUUCAAUUCACUUUAAAUUCGUGUACAAUUCAAUCGUCACAUAUCAAACAUAGACUCAACAUCAAAGUCACACCACCGUAUUCAAACACAAUGAAAGAGACAGUCGGUUCACGGAGAAAAUUAUGUAUCAUCAACAAACGAUUGGAUGGGAAAAUGGCAAUCGUGACAGGAUGUAACACUGGAAUCAGUCUUUAUACAGCCAGUGAAUUAGCUCAUCGUGGUGCGACAGUCAUUAUGGCAUGCAGAAAUACCGAACGAGCCAACAAAGCUAAAAACGUCUAUUGGAAAUGUAUGGUAAGAAUAAUGAGAAAAGUGGAGAAACAGAUACUGCAUGUAGUCAAAUGAAGCCAUAUUUAAAGCCCAUCGAGUCGGAUCAGUUGAUCAUUGAACAACUUGAUCUGGCUUCGUUAACAUCAAUCAGAGAAUUUGUUGACAGAAUCAAAAGUAAAUACAAUGAAAUAGAUUUUCUCAUCAACAAUGCUGGACUCAUACUACAGAACUAUACAACAACUGAAGAUGGUUUUGAAAUGACAAUGGGAGUGAAUUAUUUUGGACCAUUUCUACUGACAGAAUUGUUGUUACCAUUGUUGAGGAAUGCUGCACCAUCACGAAUAAUAAAUGUGUCAUCUGCACUGCAUAAAGAUGGAUGCAUUCUAAAACCUGAUUUGCAGUACAGUAAGGAAAAUUAUAAUGCAAUGAAGGCAUAUAGUGUAUCGAAAUUGGCAAACGUGAUACAUACUAUUGAACUGAAUGAACGUUUGAAAGAUAGUGGUGUGGUGGCUGUCUGUUUACAUCCCGGAGCUGUCAAAACUGAAUUGAUGAGAGAUCUGACAAAUUUUCCUAUGAAUAUUAUACUGCCAUUGUCCGCAAAUUACUUAAUACACCGAGGGAUGGCGCACAAACCACUCUAUAUACUGUAUUAACAGAUAAUUUGUCUCCUGGAGGUUAUUAUUCAAAUUGCACAUUGAAAAAACCUUCAAAAUCUGUUCAAAAUGGGGAAGACAGAAAAUGGUUUUGGAAUAAAACAUGUGAACUAUUGAGCAUACAAUGUGAUAACUAGGUGUGAAUGACUACUCAAGUGAACUGUGUAGACAGAAUUCGGUGUUCAUUUUGAUGAUCGUAUUGAGACAAAUUCACCAAUAGAUCAGUUAAUAGAAUGUGAUGAUUUUCAAUUUGGUGUUAUUUACAAUAUUAUUUCACUUUGUACACACUGAUUUGAGUGAAUGAAAG